CUGGAGAGUAAUACACUAUAGUAAACCUCUAUUCCAGUUGUUAACAGAGAACAUUAUGCAUGAUUGUGUAUUAAAACUGCUUCGUGCUGGCGACGAAGAAAGUUUGGAAAGCAUGUGCAAGCUAUUGUUCACCAUUGGCGAAGAUCUUGAUUCCGAUAAAGCAAAGGUAAUUCACUUGGAAUUGUUAUUGAAUUGUACCGUCUUUAAAUAAGGAUAUCACUGCUUCGUAAAUAAGUUAAUAUAGUAUUUCUCAUCUAGUGAAACUAGACCAAUUUGGGUCAUCUUUACUGGAUCCCUAUGGAAAACUGUGUAGAACUGAUAAAGAUAGCCUAUUAUCACUGUAAAUAUACAGGGGUUUGUUUGUACCUACCUAUAUGAACUGGCUUUGUGAUUGGUGAUCCGCUUCAAUAGACCUUUCCCCUUAUGAGUGAAGUCCGCUUCAAUAGACCUUUCCCCUUAUGAGUGAAAUUUUGAUCUAGAGAUGCCUGGAAAAAAAUCAGACGAUCAAACUGAUUAUCAAUUUCCCGUUUGUAGGCCCUAAUACAAAAUGACUGAAAAACGGCAAACUUCGCAGGGCUAUAUUAUCCGCAUUUUACGACAUUUCGCAACGAAACUUUGGAAUAUUACUAAUUUUGUGAUGCUCUUUCAAGCUGUGAUGAAAUUUUUAUCCAGACAUAUCCAGAUCAAAAUUUCACUCAAAAGGGAAAGAUCUAUUGGGUUUGGCUCUGUUGUGCUGAGUGGUUAUAUAACAAACAUACUUGCAAGGAGGUGAGUCCGGGAUUGGACGCACCGAGGGUGGCUGGAAGUUUACCUUUACUGCAUUUUUGCUUUAAUUGGUUUUUCUUCAGUCUCAGUAUGUUAGUCACCGAAAAAAGUUCUUUAAAGUUUAGGUUUAUCGGCUAAAUCUUGUCCGCCAUAUUUGUUAUUGUUAUUGCAACGUAAGCAGUUUAGCGGGUGAGUUCGGGCGAAAAGCAGGUGAGUUCGUCAAAAAGCAGGUGAGCUCGACGACAAACUCACCUGCUCUAAACCAAUCAGAAAGCCGCUUUUAACACAGGUAUGGGAUAAUAUUACUACCAUGGACCACCUUUCUUCAUGUCUUCCGAUUCAAAAACGAAUUAUAAACACUGAUCAUCUUUGUUUUAGAAAACCAGUCACAAAACGUAUUUAUAUUAGAUUCAAUUUGGUAAUUUAAUUUACCUCUCAUCCUGUAUGUAAUAACAGUGGAGUAAUUUGAGAUGGUCUUUACUGGAACUCUAGGAAGAAAUGGUGGGGCUAUCCAUUUUAAAGAAAAACUUUGUUUGGUUUUCUCUGCAGUAAUAUUGAAGCAAUAGCAAGGGUUGGUUUUUAUUGGACCUCUACUGAAAACAGUUAAUACCUUGACAAUGGAGCUAUAUUCAAUUUAUAUAAAUAAAGUGCAGCUUUGGACAGAGGUCAAUAGAGUAUUGCAUUGAAUCUCACAAUUCUUGCUUGCCAAUAAUUUCUAACCCAUCAACAACGUUGAUUUCAGCCUCGAAUGGAUCAAUACUUCGACCAAAUCAACAGGAUUAUAAUUGCUGAGAAAGUCUCAUCAAGAGUGAUAUUCAUGCUUCGUGAUGUGGUUGAACUUCGUCAAAAUGAGUGGGUCGCCCGCCGAGAAGGACAUUACAAUCCAAAGACUAUUGAAGCACAAAUUGAGAAAAUGCAGGAGCAAAGAUUAGCAGUCCAAUUCCCUGUCAUGAAUAAAAAACAGAAGCAAGGUGGACCAGGUAAUAUAAUGGAACAGGCCCUUUGGAAAAUGCAAAAAAUAUAGACCCGUACAAGGGUCUGUAGGUAUCACAGCGUAUCGAGCAAGUUUUCCUUGACAACAAGUACUUUUAUUUCUUUGACAAAAAGUAAUUUUUAUUUGUUCGUGUGUACUGCCAAAGUUGCCAAUUUUUCCCCUGACGAGGAGCCUUGUUUAAAAGCUGGUCAUGCCAGUUUUUCAAUGAGGAAAUUGUUUAUGUGUACGGCUGUCAAUUCCAGCUUUUAGUUUAUGCCUGCAGGGGAUGAUGGGAAGUAAGGUAUCAUAUUGCCGAUCAUGCUGAAAAAUUUCGAUAAAAACUACCGAAACAACCGAAAUAUUUCAAUAUUUACAAGUAUAAGCUAUCACUCCGUGUUUACACGGCCACCAUUUUUAUUUUUUCAGCAUAAUCAGCAAUGUGAUACCUUACUUCCCAUCGUCCCCUGCACGCAUAAACUAAAAGCUGGAAUUGCCUAUUAAAUUGUUUUUCCUCAGGAGGACGAGACAGUUUUACUGGCACAUCAAAUGAUGGAUGGAUUACCACUGGCAAGAGUGCAAAGUCUGUGCUUAUUGAACAAACCAAGCUGUGGAACAUGGCUAAGGUAAUUUCAGUACCGGUUGUACGAAGGACGGAUAGUUCUAUCCAUUAUCCAUUGGAUAGUGAAUUUUUUAACCGUUGUAAAAAAUGCUUGAAAAGCUGUAAACAUACGGAGAUGAACUUCACAAUGGACCAUUUGCAUAAAUUGCAUUAUAGACUAAAUUUUGAUCUAAACAAAAAUUUUAUCACAGCUUGAAAGAGCAUCACAAAAUUAGUAAUAUUCCAAAGUUUCGUUGCGAAAUGUUGUAAAAUGCGGAUAAUAUAGCCUUUCGAAAUUUGCAAUUUUCAGUCAUUUUGUAUUACAAACGGGAAAUUGAUGACCCAACACCCGAUUGGGCUGUCAAUUUCCCGUGCGUAAUACAAAAUGACUGAAAAAACGGCAAACUUCGCAUGGCUAUAUUAUCCUCAUUUUACAACAUUUCGCAACGAAACUCUGGAAUAUUACUAAUUUUGUGAUGCUCUUUCAAGCUGUGAUGAAAUUUUUGUCUAGAUCAAAAUUUAGUCUAUAAUGCAAAUGGUCCAUUAAUAAAAAGAAACUUUGAUUUAUAAAUACUUAUGUGUCAUGCUACUGUAUUAGUUUGUAAUAUCAUUAAAGUUAAAUUGGGUUAUACCAAUCAACUGAUAAUUUUUGUCGAGGAAGUGAAUUCAAUCACUGGAAAGAGAUCAGCAGAAAAUACAUGCCUUUAUUGGGCAGUUCUAAUAUGUCGAUCUUGGUGACUACUUUUUUCAACAUAACUUUACAUAUGAAAAUUAAAUCUUUCAUUGACAAAUGAUUUCAUGUUUACUGUUAGCGAUCGCAUAUGAACGAAAUUUCUCGGUCCCGAAAUUCUUUGCAAGAACAAGAUCAACCUCAGGGGAACAGUGGUGGAGAUAUGCCGUCUAACAGAUCAUACGAUCCCAGAACAUCUUCUUCAGUAGGUAUAAGGUAAGCAACUGUAUCAAACAAUGUAUAAGGUAUUCUCCAAUCUCUGUACCUUGGUAGCUCAACAAGUACAGCAGUAGACAAGAUUUCUGAAGCUAGGUCGAGAGUUCAAAUCUCGUGUACUUUACUUAUAAGAGAUAAGAACUCACCACCAAUCUCUGUAGGCUUGAUAGCUCAACAGGUAGAGCAGUGGACUAGAUUCCUGAAGGUUGAGAGUUUAAAUCUCGUUUACUUAUAAAAGAUAAGAACUCACCACCAAUCUUUGUAGGCUUGAUAGCUCAACAAAUAGAGCAGUUGGCUAGAUUCCUGAACGUUUAAGGUUCAAAUCUUGUGGACUUUGAUAUAUAAGGGAUAAGAAUUCGCUACCAAUCUGUGCAUAGGCUAGAUAACACAAAAGGUUAGAAGCAGUUGAUAAACUUUCAAAUUUUUUAGACCCCCCUUACUUGGCUUAUGGCCGGGAAGUGAUGAAUCUCGGAUCAAAAGUGAUAAAGACAGACAGAACACAUUAGAAGAAGUGAGAGGAGCUCUUACUAACGUACAAUACAACAUCUAUAUAUUAAGAUUAUUUUCAUAUUAAAAUUACUGAAUUCAGAUUGGCUAAGAGGACUACAAUUAUUUUAAUAUACCUCAAUUUGCUAAAGUUAAGGUGUGCAACUAAUCAAGAAGAUGAUUGUAAAUUUUAGUUUGUUGAAGACAUGGACGAGGAGAGUGGAGACGUGAUUAAAGUCGAGAGAGAAAAUUAUACAGGUAAUUAUAACAGUUAUGAACUUAUGAGUCGCCAGAGAACUGUACAAAAUCUUUCAUACUUCCACUGUGUCGCAGUCCUGGGUGUAAAAAUGACAGUUCUUUAGCGGUUUUGCGUAAAACACAAAAAUGGUCACUGAUAAGAAGCUUUAAAAGAGGACAGUAAAUCUUACAAUUCAAAAGCAGUUGCUAUAUCAAUGAAUUUUCCACAAAUCUACUUGCAAGUGACUGUUUAAGUCUGUACUUCUAUUUUUCAGAAUCAGCAGCUCCUGUUAAGCAGUCAAGACGAAAAUACGAACGAGAUUUCUUGCUGCAGUUUCAAUACAUGCCAGUGUGUCUAACGAAACCAGCAGGUUUACCUGAUAUUGAAAUCGUAUUGGAUGCUCCGGCUCCACCAAGCAAAGGAGGCGGUUCACAAAGGUGAUUUGUCCAACAACUGUUAGACCUGGAAUGUUUGCAUGGAGAGGCCAUGUACAGUACAACUAGAAACAAAUCAUGAAGACAAGAUAGAAAUGAACGAGAGUAAAAAAUAUCCUCAAGUUGUGAAAAGUGUCACAUGCCCGAUGUUUUCCAUGAGCACAUUCUCCAUUAGCAAUUGCGUUAGAUGUUGCAGCAAAAUUGUAUUGUGCAAAAUGUAUUUGAGUUUCGAGUUGAUUUUGUUCAUUAAACCACAUUCUUUCCAUUGGCAUUGCAGGGGAGGAUCAGAUUUCUCGCCUUUUGUCGUUCCAAGGCAAAAAAAGCAGGUGAGUUUUCAAUCUUUUCAAUGUUUAAUGUAAAAAAGCAACUUUACCCUUUAUUUAGAAUGAUAUUUUAGAAAUAAGGGACUGGUAAUUUUUUAUGGUGGGGAGUGGCACUGAAGAGAAAUGUUUUUCGUGGCAAACGUUUUGCUGACCCAACCAUUAAAAAGUCAAAAAUAUGUUUACCCAACGUCAAAUAUCAAUUAAAAAAUAAAUACCCAUUCAGUUCUUACAUAUGUCCUUUGCCACUUCUGUGACACGAAUUUGAUAACGGCUUGUGAAAUUUUCUGCAUCACAUAUUGUAUUGACAUCUGAGUGUUGACAUUGCUUUUCAGUCUCCAAUAUCAGUGAGUCACGCUUUGGAAAUGACAAUAAAUUUUCAUUACCAAACCCUUGAGUUGUUUUGUUUUUCAUUUACCCAACCUUUUACUCACUCAAAAUUUUGUUUACCCAACCCUUUUCUCUUCGGUGCACCCCCCCCCCCCCCCAUAAAUAAUGACCGCUCCCUAAUGGGAAGUCUUUUAAAAGUUUUUAACUAACGUUUCAUUUCUUAUUUAGGGUAGACGGGGCAAACGCCAACCUCCCACGAUUAUCGCAGCCGAUCCGCUAUGGCAUUCGGUAAAUUAUAGGGCCUGAACACAUAUACCACAUACAGGGGGUGGGCAUUAAAAAGUACCCCCCGUGAAAAAUUGUAUAUGGUGUUCUUUGUCACCAUAAGUAAAGAAAGUCCUUAACAAAAGUGAUGUUUUUGAACUUGUUUAGUUUUGUGUAUGUAUAUGCCUGAAUAUAAAUUGUGAUUUCAAGCCUAUGGGAUUAGAAAAUAGAUAUGAUUAGAUGAGCGCGUCUACUCCCCGCCUCCUCUACCAGUUCUGGCUGGAUCCAUCUGUGAAUCACAUCAACUUUAUCUGCAGUUAAUUGAGAAUCGUAGACACAGGCCUGGAAAUAAUUAUUUCACUUCGCAGGACAAAUGUCUGGCCAAGCCAAAAAUUGGUCGGACACUUGUCAAUUUUUCUCGGACAAACAACAUUUUUCAUAUAUUUUUUUUUAAUUAGCACGAUGUUUUUUACCUGGUCAUGUUAGUCCGCAGUGCAGUGCAUCUAAAACUGAGUAUAUAUCUACCAGUCCUCAUGCAUCAGUAAAUUAUAGUUCAGGUUAUACAUAACUUUAAUUUCUACCAUGUUAUAUACGAAGGUGAUGUAGGCUUAAUGCAGCAAUAAAUAGUGGAGAAAUGCUGUUUAUAUUGCUUUCUUGUUGGUUUCAUUAAUAAAAAUGUGUUAAAUAAACAAUUUCUUGAGAUUGGAGAUUUGACCAGCCUAAAUCGGUCGGUCACAUGUCCGGUCAUAAAAAAACUUUGAUCGGACAAAAGGUAAAACUUGGCCGGACAAUGUCCGAUGACUGGCACUAAUUUGCAGGCCUGUAUAGAUAUAAAAAAGUCCAGUACGUAAAGCUGCAUAAUCAAAUUGUUUACUUCCACUCGUCGUCUUUGAGUUAACUUGUUUUCAAUAUGUUAUCAUGUUUCUAGACGCUGGAUCCGAGCCAGGAGGGAGAUCAGGAGGUUAAAGUAAGCAUGACUGAAGAAGUAAAAGAGCGAGCCAAUAAGGUGAGUGAAUUAAUAAUGAACAAGAGACCACUUACCGAAAGAUAUGCUAACAUUUGAGAUUUAACGGUAAAACAGGUUUAUAAUUUGGUUAUGAUGUAAUUCAUGCCAUGUUGUACUUGGUGUUAACGUGUGAAAGGUGUCCUGCUUUUAUAUAAUUAUAUAUAUAUUAAUUCGUUAAGUAUCAGAGGGUUUAAAUUUUAAAUUAUCCGCCUUCGGACCCCCCCCCCUGCUUGGCGAGUGUGCCUGCCUGAUCUUGACAGACCAAGAUACUGCAUGUGAACAAAUCAUGUCUCGCAUUUUCAGUACAAUCUCGCAGCUUUCAACAAGAUGUGUUCGCAAUGCUUGUCCCCAGUAAGCAUACUGAUAACGGCUCGACAACAACCUUGUUGCAACUUGUUCGCAGAUCUAUAACAACUUUAUCAUUAUAACAUAAUAACAAUCUAUAACGGCGCGUUCGUAUUCUAUUUUCGGCCACCCAAUGUGCCCAUUCGUGCUAUAAAACAAUGGUGAAUUGAAAACAUAGCUAUUGGUUGAUUUGGCGAAAAAACAAUACACACGUUCUCGAUCUUUACUGAUUCUAGUGACUAUGGUUUCACAGACGAAUUGACAAAGUAUCUUUUCUUUACCCAAGUUCAUCCAUUAAUAUAUGUCUUUAGUAUAUACCAUAGAUAUCUUAUAUACACUAGAUAGUGCAUCUAAUUAUUCUGCAAUUCAAAAAUUGAAGCCGUGAUUGCAGUCUCAGGUCGUUCCCAUGAAAUUAGAAGAUUCGUAUGUUUUCUAUUUCUUAAAGUGCAUACGUCAUGAAAUUUAUUAUUUUCUUAAAUGAAAGAACUCUUUAAGCUGUAGUGUAACUUAUUUUUCAGUUUCUUGUUUUUAUGUUUCGUUAUUGUUUGAUAUGUAAAUGAGUGUGAAUAUGUCCGCUAAUUUAUGACGUCACGUUGGUUGCAAGCUCCUCAAAAUGGUUGAAUAUCACUGCUAUCAUCCAAGAUGAUAGCUUCGAACUUCUCUCACUGGUAAAUGUGAUGAAACACUGGAGAAAAAUGUGAACUGAUAUUUUCAGUUUUUAGAGUUAAUAGAUUUAUAGCCAGUGUAAGUUGAGCUUGCAACCAACGUGACGUCAUAAAUUGGCGGACGAAUUCACACUCAUUUACAUAUCAAACAAAUUGAAAUAUCUCGGGAACAAACCAAAAAAACAAGAAACUGAAAUAUAAGUUACACUACAGCUUAAAGAGUUCUUUCAUUCAAGAAAAUAAUAAAUUUCAUGUCAUAUGCACUUUAAACAGGGAACUUAAACAUUAAGUAAACCCUAUUCCAAAUUCGUUUUUAAAAUAUUCAAAUGAUGAAAGUUAUUGUUGUUUUUAAGCGUUUAUUAGCAAGUGGGAACGACCAACAUGGCCGCCAUCUAUUCAAAUGGGGUAACCGCUGGAAUAUUCUUGGCUUCAAUUUUACUAAAAGAGAUGCGCUAUCUAGUGUAUAUAUAAGAUAUCUAUGGUAUAUACAUAUUGUAUCAGUGCGGUUUCAUUGCGGAUGCGAUGUGUUUGUAUAAUGGAUUUUGUAUGUGAUGUAUUUUUUAUCCAAUACGAUAAUCGUGAUUAUUUCUAUAACAUGGCGACAACUGCCUGUAUUUCUAGGACAUGCAAUCACUUUUUUGCGCCAUCUUUACAACAACUUUCACAGCAUUUUUACCAAGGAUUGGCAGCUGCUAUCUACUAUGUCGUGCCACCUAACCAAUCUAUCUAACCACAACAACACACAACAGCCAACGCCGAUUUCCACCUGACAAUUUAAACGAACUACUUAAACAAACCGAAACAAACAAAAGACACAAAAAUAAAAAAAACCCAAAAAGAACAAAAAUCUACCCAAGAUAGAUUCCAAACAACUUUGUGUACUGGUUAAAAAUUAAAAAUUUGUAACCAAUUGAAGGUCUGAGAAAUGGUGCUUUUGUCCACUCUGUACUAAGCAUAAUGUGUUUUCCUUUAGGGUCCUUAUGGCCAACCAGUGAUAAGAUCUCCAUACAUUCCUAAUGUCCAGCAAGCGUACCAAAUGCAAGCGACCAGUGGUUUUCAACCACAAUAUCUCCAACAGCAACCUCCAUAUUUUAACCAAGAAAUGCGCCCAGCCAUGUCGUACGCCGUGCCGCCUGACCAGCAGAUACAACAACGGCAACAACCAUGGUGGAACACAGACUUUUAACUUCGUAAUUCAAACAAACAACUUGAAACAAACCGAAACAAACUCAGUCUGGUAAAUUUGUUAUUCGACACCCAAAAGACAACAAAGAUGUUACAAGACAAACUCGUUUGCAGCGUUCUACAGCAAACGGUCAACAUGGAAACACCCGUUUCGUUGACGAAUUCGACUGCUCAGACAGAGUCCAGAUGGUCAUGAUCCCUGCGGAUCAGUGUGACCAGAAUUUGCUCAAAUAUUUUACUUCUGGUAAAAUUUCAUCAAUUUGGGGAAAAUUUUAGUAAUGAGAUUUUUACUAGCAUUUUGGAUUUUAAGAUUUCAAUAAUUCAGUAAUUUUUUUGGUAAAAAUUCGUAAUCUUGUGUGAUGGAGAUGCUAAAAGCGUUUAAUGAAACUCUCUAGCCUGCAAACCCCGCUAAUUUCAAACCGGGCUGGAGGCGAAUUUUAAUUUGAUGAAAUUUUAUCUCGAUUAUAGUAAAUUUUUAACACGAAGUUUAGUAAUAACCCAAGAAAAAUCUGGUCACACUGGUGUGUAUGAUGAAAUGGUUUACGGAUCGUCAUUAAUUAGGUUUAAAGUUGGUCACCUUACAGAAUAAGAACUUUAUUUAACCAUUAUUGUUUAUUAUAAAUACGCUUAUGUGCAAACUUUGUACACUUCGUGAACAACAUUACAAGUGUCUUGCCAAAAUCUCGUACAGUAACCGUUCCAUUUUUUUAUUGGUUCCUUUCAAACCUGCUACGACUUUUCUUGACCAAUCGAAAUACUCCUGUACUUGUUGCUCGGUCCAGUUCACUGGAGUCGCUUUUUUCCAGGUCUCGAAGAUUGUAAAGUUUGUUUGCCAGUUUCACUAACUUUGCUUUAGGGCUGAAACAAAGAAGACAAAUAAUUACUAUACUUGUCUAAUUUUAUUGAUACUGAAAACUACGGCCAGCCGACAAUUUCAGAAAGUACAAAAAGAUAAAAAUUCCGAA